GGGCGCGGGGCGCUUCCGGGAGGGUGGUCGGCCAGUGCCGGGCUGAGGCGGGAUCCCCUCCUACUGCCCCGACAGCUCCAGGGGAGUUGCGGGAGGCGCGCCGGCCCUCGCGUACAGGCAACACCUGAGCGGGGAUCCGAGUCGCUCGGCGCCGCCGCGACCUGAUCCCAGAGCGCUGUGGGAGGGGCGCGCGGAGCGCUCGGCUCUGCUCCGGCGGCUUCACUUCUUGCCGCUGGACACUGGGGCGAGAGGGGUGGAGCGGUGCAGAGGGCUGGUAAUGCCUUCUUCCAGGAAAACUUCGCCCCCCCCCCGCCCCGAUAGUGAAGGGAUCACCAGAACAUUUAGAAAGCACGAGAAAUGACCGUGUCACAGAGAGGAGUGGCGAGGGCGGGGAAGCGGGGAGCUCCGGGGAAGCCGAUUUGCUCCGUGAGCUGCAGCGCGAGCCCUGCGGCCCGGGCGCUGAGAUUUGGGGAAGCGGGAGCCGCCGGGCGGGGCGGCCACGCUGUGUUUGAUUCUAUUCACUUCCUGCGGCAGCUGUUCAAGAUGAGGGGAGCGGGGCUCGGGCGGAGCGGCCUCGUCCCGUGGGUCUGAGCGUCCACCCCCGCCGCCGGGACUCCGGCCCCCUUGGGCUUCGGCUAUGAGCGCUCGGUGACCGGCGGCGCCGCGAGUCGUAGACCCGGGACUUCGGGAGGCAAUGCUGGCUCGGCUUUGAGUGGCUUCGGGACAGUGAAGAAACCCUAAAAUGGAGGACUUUUCCACCAGGACCUACGGCACCAGUGGGCUCGACAACAGACCUCUGUUCGGAGAGACGUCGGCCAAGGAUCGAAUCAUCAAUUUAGUUGUUGGCAGCUUAACAUCCUUGUUGAUUCUAGUAACGCUGAUCAGUGCUUUUGUUUUCCCUCAACUACCUCCAAAACCGCUGAAUAUAUUUUUUGCUGUCUGCAUCUCUUUGAGUAGUAUUACUGCCUGCAUACUUAUCUACUGGUAUCGACAAGGAGACUUAGAACCGAAAUUUAGAAACCUAAUUUACUAUAUCUUAUUUUCUAUCAUCAUGUUAUGUAUAUGUGCGAAUUUGUACUUCCAUGAUGUGGGAAAGUGAGUCUGCCAAGGAGAAAUACUUACCAGGUCUCUUCAAAGCUAUAUAUUUGGACUUGAAUAAGAACUGGAUAAGGUAUGCUGAACAAUCUCCUGCAUAAGUCUGAUACAUGAUUUUCAUGUUAAUUGUAAAUCUAAAUUCCCUCUUGCAGGGGAGACAUAUCCUAGAUCCUUUGCUUUUUCUUUAAGGAGCUGAUGUUGCACUUAAACAUUCCCCCUUAAAGCUCAAACAGCACAAGUCAUUUUCACUUUUGAAAUUAAAAUUUUUUAUAAUGUAAUUGCAUGGUGAAAGGCUAUGCAACAAACAAUCUUGCAUUUUAAGACAAAUACUCUUUUAUUUCUGUUAAACUGAAUAUACAAUUAUUGUUCCCUAGGCAACCAACUUUUGCUUAUAACUACAAUUUCACGUUAACAAAAAACACAAGACGGUGAAAAGACAACUUUGAUUGUGUAAAUCUAAUUACAAUAAUAAAUAAAAUAAUUUAUACAAGUUUUUUUUUGACUUUUCUAUAGGGGUCAUAUUCAUUAAAGCCCUAGAGGCUAAUUUUGGCUUAACCUUCUCUGGUAUAGGAAUGACUCUUGAUUUGUUUCCUUUCAUUACAGAAGCAAAUUUUGUUUUUUUAAAUUGCCUGAGAGGGAGAAGUUAUAUCAAACCCCCAUCAGUUAAUGCACUAAGUGAACGGCAAACUCUGAUCCUCUCCUCAACUAUUUCCUGGGUAACUUACAUAGCAAGACAUGUAAUAAAAGGUCAUGGCAUAGGAUAGGCAACUUUACUUCCUUUCCCAUUUAGUUUUACUUCAAAGUGCUAACUCUGUAAACUGAUGACAGUGGGUUCUGAGGGGGUGAAAACUAGCUUCUCAUGAAUUUUGUCUUCCUAUUCUCAUCCAUAUUAAAACAAAGAAGCCUGUAGUGAAUUUUCUUAAUCUCUUAAUGCUUUCCUCUUCGCCCAGCCUAAAUCAGCUCCCACUGCCAGCAAUGGGUAAACCAAAAGUAACCACCACACCCCAAGUCUCAAACUACUUAGAAGAUAAGCUUUGUGGAGAAGGUCACUGGUAAGCUCUAGACCAUGGUGAUGUAGCUUCUCUGAAAUAUAAACAGGCCUAUUUGAGACUGGAUAGAGUGCCAUGUCUGAUCUUUAGAGAUGAAUAUUACUGCUUUUAAAACAGUAGUUAAGCUUUGGUGAUUUUAAACUUCUCUCAGCUAAAGUGAAUGAAAUUCCCCGCUGACAAGUAACACUGAUCACUAGGAUCUCUAAAGUUAAGAGAGACCCCAGUGCUCCACUCAGCUACACUGUCAUAAGACUAGACCUCAGAUGAUAUAUUUAAAGGAGGUAAAAAGUCAUAGCAGCAACACUGUAUGUGGCUUGAGCACUGUAGCUAUUUAAAAGCCAGAGGAAUGGUAAAUUAAGCCUCUUGGGGGUUGCUCCUAUUUCUUUGGAGAUGUUGUAAUUAACAGUGUGGCUUCUUUGCCUGAACUACCUGUUUCUAAGAAUUACCUAAUGACAGUUUACCAAAUCCUCAACAUCUUUUGAGUCUUCUGAAACAGGACUGCCCAGAGAUGAUCCAAUGAUGUUUGAUUCUUCUCGAUGAUGUUGGAAUAUGGGAUCUGUAAUGAGAUAAGUUUCAAGUUAAUCUUAAAUAUAUACAUCCUCUAAUCCAUGUCAAGAAUUUAGAGUAAGUGUUCUUCUACCAAAGUGAAAAUUUAACAAGCAGAUUUCCACCUUAAGAUUUAUCAGGCACUCGAAGGAGUUACAGUACCUGUUAGUGUUGUCAAAGGCAAGACAGAUUCAGUAUCUAUAACAUCAGAUGUCUGGAUAAAGCCAUGUGGUGAAGGAACGAUAAGUAUCGUUUCAUCAUCAAUUGUUGUUUGAUCAACUUGUUCUUCUAUGGUAGGAGACCCUAAAUCCUAAGUAAUAAUAAUUAAAAAAAUGAGAUUCUGUCUCAUAUUCCUUAUUAGUUUUCCUUAAUUCUCCAAACAUAUUUAGGCUUGAAGGGACUUAAUUUUCAAAUAUUAUCCCACUUUAAAGUUAAAAUUAAAAGAAAUCAAAGUUAAGGUCUUAAAAUGGACAAAAGUAAUAACCUCAUACCCCAAUGUAUUACAUACUAGCAAAAAAUAAUUUUAAAGAACCAAUUCAGCUACAGACCCUGAAUAUAGAAGAAACAAAGCUGUAACACUGUGGGAUGAGGUUCCUAAACUGAACCACAAAGACCUGUUACAAACCAUCCUCAGGAAAAUGCUUCCAUGGGUUCCAACAAACAUUUCUCAGUCUAUAGGGGGUGGAGAAGGAAAGGUUUUAGUGAGGAACUGUGGUAAGAGCAACACUGCUGGUUGAAUGAUACUUCAGGUCAGGUAGGGGUUUGUGCUUUAUUUUGUGUGUCUAAAGAAAACAGGAGGUACUGAGGACAUCUUUCCAUAAAUGAUUUCUAGGCUUUUCCCAAAGUGCAGGUUUAAGGCUCAAGGCUAUUUCCUUAAGUGCAGCUUACCUCAGUGACAUAAGCCCGGGUUAAAGGGGAGGGCGCGUCCUCUUGUUUAAGGUGGGCGCCAGAGGUUUCUUCUUCUGUUCUGACCAUAACACUGUUCAUCAGUUCUGUGCUAUUUUGGUCACUGAAUCUGGAUAUAUGAGCAUCAUUAAAUGAUGGCUCUACAGUAAUCUUAGGCUGAUGAAUUUCAUCUGGGAAAGUGUCUGCUUCUAGGGCAUCUGGAGGCUCAGGAAAAUCAGAUGAGUGAAUAUCACUAUCCACUGUCAGUUCUGCUUGCGAUAUGGAAGAGGUGAUGUCUUCUGUGGCAACUGUCUGAAUGAUGACUCUUGGUGUGUGACACUGCACUGUGACAUUGUCACUUGUGUUCAACAAAUGUUCUGGCUAUAAAAUGUUAAAGAAAACGAUCAGUGGCAAAAUGAAAAAGUACCCACCAGACUAAAGUUAUAGACAACAAAUGAUAUUUAUAAGUGGUACCCUAUUGUCCCCUUCAUGCCUCUCUCUCACCUCUGGAACUUCAGUGUUCUUAUCACUGUUUUUCUAGAACCCUAUUCUUUACACAGUGGGGCCUCUGCUCUCGUAAUAUCCCUUUUCCCCUAACGGAAGUCCAUGUCAUGUAAGGAGACCCAGGGAACAAGGGAUGUACCCCAGUGAAGGUGUAAAACAUUGCUCCUGGGACAACAGUGGUAGGAAGAAUUGUUUAAAUAAAUGGACUACAUUAGUAUUGGCUCUUAUAUUUUGUAUCAACUAAUCCUGGUCCCUAACAGGUAUCGAUACUAAAGUGUUUGAAAGGAGCUCAAAAUUUAUUUCCCCCUCUCCCAAGAUAUUGUAAUUGAAGGCACAUGAGUCCAUCUCUGGUGGUACUUAUCAGUUAGCGAGUCUUUUCUACAGAAACUAGAAAAAUCAAGGAAUUUAUGUAAGGUGACAUACAGAUAAAGCAUGGACGAUGAUCUGUUCAGGAGAAGCGGGAGCGGCAGCCGCCAGGGUUACUGUGGGACUAGCAGUAAGAGUUAGCGGAAGACCUUGGCUUGAGCUUGUUUGAAGUAGGUAGGUGCCUGGAGUGCCAGUGGGCUGUAAAUGGAAAGACUGAAGGAAGAAGAAAAAUAAGAUCAACACAGGUGCAUCAAACCACUGAGUAAGUACACUUAGUACCCAUUAAGUCUAGCUUUACAUCCAAAACGGGGACUUUAAUUUACUAGCCACAAAUGUACUUACCAAUCAGGAAGGGGCAAAUAAUAAAAUGAAGGGUAUAACAUCCCGGACCAUUUAUCUGUUGUAAGUCAUUUCUCGGCCUGCAGCUUUAACAGAGGAAAGGCCUGAUCCUACUCUUCACUCCCUGUAUGUCUAUGGUCUGGUCUCAGCUAUCUGUUUCAGUCCAAGACAUGGUCUCAUAAGCCACUGUUUCUAGCACAGUAAUCCAGCAUGCCUCGUCUCCCCUCUUUAUCCCUUCUCUGUAGCACAUAAAAACUAGCAGUCUCCCAGUUAAAAAAGCUUCACAUUUUCCAAAAGGCACUAUGGCAGUGUUUACUUACUUGAAUAGAUUUUUUUCAUAGUAUAAUUUUAGGAAAUUUUUUUAUGUUCAGAGAAAAUGUAUAGAAAUAGCAAUUAGUGUUCAUUGAAAGAAAAAACUUCUAAUUGAAAAGCUGUUUCACUGACAGUACGCUUAUCUUUUGAGAUCUUUUAUGAAAGUGUAACAAAACUAUUGAACAACAACACACGUUUCACAACCAUAAGCUUCUACGUGAUAAUCUGAGUUUGGUUUAUCCUAACACUCUGAAGGAAAAGUUUUUGCACUUAGAAUAGAGCUGGAAGUUAAAGUCGUAUAGCCUGGGUUCUUUAGUCUGAUGUGGUCUUGUGGACUUAGGCCACAGCAGCUCUCCUGGCUACUGACUCACUGAAUCUAGGUUUCUGUAAUGCUAAAGCAGAUACAGUAACUACUUCUCAUAGAAAGGUUUGUUGAGGAUUAGAAAUGAUUGUGAUGGUGCCUGGCACACAAUGGGGACUCAACUCACUUUUUCCCCUCCCUCUCUAUAAAAGUGAAAGCUAGCUGUUUUCCUAAAGGUUGUAUUUAUUAAUCACAUAUGAUCAGGCAGUAUAAUAAAUACUUUACAUGUACAUGUAUAUCAUAUACAUGUAUUUUAUUUAAUAUGCUUAAAUACAUUUAAUGCUCAUAAUUUUUUGAAGCUGAGGCACUAUUAUCAUGUUUUAUUUAUAAAUAAGAGUCUCUAAGUAUUUGAUUGUGACCCUGUAAGUUAAAACCUGAACACAUACCCUAAAUAUAUGUGUAUAUAUUGUUUAUUAGGCCAGGGGGAAAGGGAGGGUGAGGUGGCAGAAAAGCGAAGUUGUUUUCUACCUAUGGCAAAUGGUCUUCUUACACAUCCCUAUUUUGGAGACCAAUGGAUUAGGAAACCGAGGCUUAAGUUAAGCAAGUGGCCUAGUAGGAGAUCCAAAAGAGAACCUUUUGGGGCUUCCCUGGUGGCGCAGUGGUUGCGAGUCCGCCUGCCAAUGCAGGGGACACGGGUUUGUGCCCCGGUCCAGGAGGAUCCCGUGUGCCGCGGAGUGGCUGGGCCCAUGAGCCAUGGCCGCUGAGCCUGCGCGUCUGGAGCCUGUGCUCCGCAACGGGAGAGGCCACAACAGUGAGAGGCCCGUGUACAACAACAACAACAACAACAAGAACCUUUUGCUAGGUGGGCCAUUCCUAUGAGAUUUGGCUGUGGAUAGGAUAAAUAAACUGUUGCACUAAUACCCCUUAUGUUCUUCACAGCAAAUAAAUCUUGACAUAAUUUAAAUAAAAUAUACUUUAUAUAUUCUUCAUGAAAAAUGAGCUAAUAAUUCUGGGUUUACCUAUUUUAGAAAGAAGGGAAAGAACUGGGGCAUUUUUCUUUUCAAUUUUCAUCACCACCCCUCCAAGGAAUUACAUGUAAAUUAGCAGUCAUGCCCCAUCUCUCCCCAAAACCUCUUAGCAUAGUUAACCCCUAAUCUGUUUUCUGUCUACAGAUUUGUCUAUUUUUGACGUUUCAGAUAAAUGGGAGUCGUACACUAUGUAUUUUGUGUCUAAUUUCUUUCACUUAGCAUAAUGUUUUCAAGGUUCAUCCUCGUGGUAGCAUAUUUUUUUUACUGCCAAAUAAUCAUUUGUAUGGCUGCAGCACAUUUUAUUUACCCAUUUAUCAGCGGAUGGACAUAUGAGUUGUUUCUGCUUUUAGUUAUUAUGAACAUUCAUGUACAAGUUUUUAUGUGGACAUAUAUUUUCACUUCUCUUAGGUAUACCUGAGAUUAGAAUUGGUAGGUCAUAUGAUUACUAUAUGUUUAACCUUUUUAGGGAUUGCAAGAUUCUUUGCCUAAGUGGCUAUAUCAUUUAUGACUAGGACUUUUAAAUCCUGUAUCCCCCAAUGGGCUAGUAGUGUUUACUGACUGUUGUUAAAUAAUUCAUUCCAUAAACUUUUUCUCAAAUAACCAAUAUGAACUUUUUGAGUAUAUAUUUGUUUAUGACUCAAUAAAAAUACAUAGCAUGUACCCUACUUGUUAGCACUGUCAUUUUCAUCUAUAAAAAGAACAUAUUAUUGGUUUAUAUAUAGAUAAAAAAAGACGAAUUAUAAAAGUGGAAGUCUGAUUUAUGUUGUUUUCUAACCAUCUUGGCUUUCAAAGCCAUGGAUAUAGUUACACUUAAUGACAAUCAGGUUAAUUUCUACAUUUCUUUUGCUUAUAUAACAUUUCUAAAACUGAUACCAACUGAUCUUUCUUAUGCAUAAAAUGGCCAAUAUCUGCUUUUUAAAGUAGUUACUCACUGGAAGAAUCUCAAAGGUCUGUAGUGUUCCACUGUUUAGUGUUAUUGUUUCCGAGUCAACAGUAGCAGCCGGGGAGUCUGCUGAAGCUGUGGUAAGAACAAGGACAAUAAACAAACACUUCGUAAAUUUAAAUUUUCUUAGGGUACUCAAUUAAUUAUGAGGGCAAUCUCAUAUUGAAUAAUUUGCCUGGAAACCCAAAGUCAUUUAAAUUUCUUAUAAGAGAUAAGAAAUCUAAUGGACUUGUCUGGGAUGGCACAGAUAUACGCGUCAGCCAGCCAUGACCCACAGCCAAAUCCAGCCCACUAUCAGUGUUUAUAAAUCAAGUGUUAUAGGAACACACUCAUUCCUGUUCGUUAAUGUAUUUUCUGCAGUUGCUUUUCCAUUACAAGGGCAGUUGAGUAGCUGUGACAGAGACAAUAUCUGCUAACCUCUGCUAUAGAUAAUAAAAUAUUUCUAUUGUUAGGAAGUAAGAGGAAUACACUAAGGCUAACCUGCAAAGAGACAGGAACUUGAUAAAAUAAGUUUUCCUGGACCUUCUGGUAAGAAGUAUAGAUGUCUGGAAUAUACAGGUGUCCUGUAACACUAGGCUUUAGUUGUAGUGACAUCACUUCUGGCAAUGUAAACCCGGGCAAAUAACUUACUUUAACCCAAACUAAUGUUCAGAGACUUUAUCUGCCCUGUCUACCUCAUAUAGUUGUUGUGAGGAUCAGAAACAUGAAAUAUAUAUAGUUUCAGAUGACUGUACUAGGGAGACUAAAUAGCACUUCAGAGAUCAGACAGUAUAAUCUCUUUACAGAUAUGUCAGUGAGGCUCAGACUUGAUCAUUGUCUGCUCAAGGUUAUACAGAACUAGGGCUAAUGAGAAGAAAUGUAAUCUCGUUUGGUGCUUUCAGUCCCACCUGUAGGUAAAUCUAUGUGAAAAAUGAUUUGAAAUUGACUUUUAAUGUAUAAUGUUAGUUUAUUAUAUUCUGACUAUAAUGCUUCUCAGUUUAAAAGAAAUGCACUGAAUUCAUGUUAGUUCUCUUACUAUGUGAUGUAUUCUUAAGAUCAUACCUAGAAUAAUUUGAAGUGAUUUCAGAUAAAUAACCUAAAUGAAAGGUAAGCAAAUUAUGGCUGGAGACAAAUGUGGCUCAAGGCUAAGAAUGUUUUUUUUACAUUUUUAAAGGACUGUUUAAAAACAAAAUAGAAAAUUCCAUAGAGAUCUAUGUGGCCUGCAAAGCCUAAUAUAUUCAUAUUUACUGUUCUGGCCCUAAAGUUUGCAAAUCCCUGACCUCUAACCUAAAGGAAGAAACAAUCGUGAGACUUUAGCCCAAAUGACAAGAAUAAUGGGUGUGUUGUAAAACUCUUACUAUACUCACAUUUCUUGCUGGAAGAAAUAAAAUUAUUCUAGUACUUAAAAAAAAAAAAAA